AUGAUCACGGCCCUCUUCACUGAGUGCAGUGAGCUGCGAGAGCUCUCCAUCCGCAUGCUCACAGAGCUGCUGCAGUUGGUGGUCGGCAGGGAUGAGAAGAGGAUGAGGAAGGAGGUGUGGCGAGCACUGGUGCCUCUCCUCUUCCGCAUGAGCGACCAGGUCCCCAGCGUGGCCAAGGCCUCCAGGGAAGCCCUUCUUGCUGCUGCAGAGCUGCUGAAGUGGAAGACGCUCAAGCACCUGCUGCAGAGAGAGCGGCUGUGGGAGCUUGGAGCGUGCUUGCUUCAGAACAGCAGGAGCAGGGCUGAAGACUUCAUCCACCAGAGCCUGCCCUACCUGCAGGACCCUCAGGCCAACGUGCGCCUGGCGGCCGUCAGGUUCAUCGGACUCAUCACACGGCGCCUGAGGGAGCAGACCACGGAGAGUCAGGCUGACAUCCUGAGCGCGCUUCAGCCCUUGGAGAAAGACUGGGACAUCUCUGUCAGCUCCCUGGCAGCUCGGACAACCUCCAUUCUGAGGAGUCCUUUCGUGCAGCAAAGACCAAGAGGCCUCCUGCGAGCACUGCGCUGCUGCUGGCCGUGAGCCCGGCAGAGGUGUAGCUUGCCUUGGCUAAAGGACUGGGGC